AGGUUCCAGAAUAUUAUAGACAGGCAACUGGCAAGAGGCAACCAUAACAUACAUACGAGGAUCUGGUUCCCUACCCAACAAUUGGGACGCGGGUGUGGAUUGGGUCAAGUUUCUCCAGGAAACGCCAUAGUCCGUCCGUUUUUAUAAAUGGGCCAAUGGGGAUAUUCGUUAGGCCCAGAAUAGUAAGCGCAUGCCCCCGGUCUCUGAAUUAAGUCAGGCGCGGAGAAGGUGGCGGCAAGUUGCGGAGGAAGCUGAUGGAGAAUGGGGGAGAGCGUCAAGGCACAGAAGGAAGCAGUGAUGGUAGCAAGAAGAGCCCAGUAAUGAUCACGAUACCAUCUUAUCAAGAAGUUCUUGAAAGUUCGCAGGCAAGAUCCACUCCGCCCUCCCUUUUCGUUCCCUCACAAACCUUUUCCCAGGCUUUUUCGUUCCUCAAAUCCUCUGAGUUCUACUCUCCUCCUCCCUCCGCCUCUUAUAAGCCUUCGCCCGCUUCUCAGUCUUCUGACUCUAGUGUCCCAAGGGAAACUGGUCAAUCAGUCGCUCCAUCUUCAACAUCUACUUCUGCACCUGUUUCAACAUCAACAUCCUCCCAACUUACUCCAAGUCGCAAUGCAAUCCUUGUGAGCCACAGACAGAAAGGAAAUCCAUUGCUCAAACAUAUUAGGAAUGUCAGGUGGACAUUUGCAGAUGUCGUCUGUGACUAUUUGCUGGGGCAAAGCUCAUGUGCUCUCUAUCUCAGUCUUCGUUAUCAUCUCCUCCAUCCAGACUACUUGUAUUACAGAAUAAGGGAGUUGCAGAAGAAUUUCAAGCUCCGUGUAGUCCUGUGCCAUGUUGAUGUGGAAGAUGUGGUGAAGCCUCUACUUGAAGUAACUAAAACAGCUUUGCUUCAUGACUGUACCCUUCUAUGUGGAUGGAGCCUGGAGGAAUGUGGUCGUUACCUGGAAACAAUAAAAGUUUAUGAAAACAAGCCGGCAGACAUUAUUCAAGGCCAAAUGGAUACAGACUAUCUCUCACGGCUAACGCAUGCCCUUACAACAGUUCGGCAUGUUAACAAGACUGAUGUAGUUACCCUUGGAACUACAUUUGGGUCUCUGUCUCAUAUUAUGGGCGCAUCCAUGGAAGAUCUGGCGCGGUGCCCGGGCAUUGGAGAACGCAAGGUCAAGCGCUUGUUUGACACUUUCCAUGAACCAUUCAAGCGGGCAGAAUCUAGCUGGCAAAACGUUCCAGAGACUUGUGCCCAGAAUAAUGCAGCUAGUCCCAGGACUUCAGCCCAGACCGAUGCCGAACCUUCUUCCUUAAAUGAAGACAAGCAUGAAGAUGCAGAUAAUGUUGGCAAACGAAGGAAGAAAGAAGCUGAAUUGACCGUCAAGUCCGCCUUAUCUGCAGCUUUCGCCAAAUAUGCUGACAGAGUUGGGAGAAAAAGCAACCCAUCAGAAGGGGAAGAGAGAGGAGAAUCAUCAGAAGCUGAUAAGAGAAAAUGAUUGUGAUUUUCUCAGCGUUUGAUUAAUAUUCAUUUAUUCCACAGCAUGGGCUCUCAAGACUCAGAUGAUUGAUUAUUGCCUGUCUAAAGCCAGUGUAGAACUUCUCUUGUGUCUGGGACCAGUCUGGUCUCCACUUGGUUUUAUCAUACUGUGGCACUUGCUUCCACCUGAACAUUAGAUUGGGCCUUGCGCAGCUUUGAGCAGUGCAAUCGCCAAUUGCAGAUCAAAAUGGUCAAUGCUGUCAAAUUGCUCAGCGCAAUUUAAGAAUUGUUUUGUUUUAUGCAGUUUGUAGAACAUGUCUAUAGACAAUAUGAAAUAUGAAAUUGCACUGAUUGUAUUUAAAGUUUUCCUUGGAGAUGUAAAGCUUUUGACGGAGUGAUUAA